AUGAAACUCCGCCAGCAGCUAGCUCAACUCUUGACCCUUGCAUAUGUGUUUGCCGGGGCGUUCAUGUUAUGGAAGUCGCUUUCGGUGAUUGCAAAUCUGCAUUCACCCAUAGUCGUUGUUCUUUCGGGGUCGAUGGAGCCCGCGUUCCAAAGAGGCGAUAUAUUGUUUCUAUGGAAUAGGGACGAGAGGCAGAAGGUCGGCGACAUUGUCGUUUACGAGAUCGAAGGCAAGAGCAUCCCCAUUGUGCACCGCGUCUUGAGAGACCACCAUAAUCUGCACAAACAGCUACUUUUGACUAAAGGGGACAACAACGCUGUUGACGAUUUGUCCUUGUAUGCGAAGAAGCAGAGCUAUCUCAAUCGGAAGGAAGAUUUGGUUGGCACUGUCAAGGGCUAUUUGCCGUUUAUUGGGUACAUUACCAUUUUGAUUAGUGAGAAUGUCUACUUUAAGUUUGGGCUCUUGGGGUUGUUGGGUUUAUCGUCCUUGAUGAGCAAUGAAUAG